UUAUGCGCUCCGAGGCUGGCGCCGGUCCGGCCGGACACAUGUGAGCGAACAGCGCGGAAACAGAAGCCCUGAGGCCGCAGCAGCAGGCUGAGACCACCGCCGAGGGGCUCCGGAGCGCAGCUAAACAUGUCUGCUGCGGGGCUGCGCGCGCCUUUAAACGCCUUCCUGUGCGCGUGCAGGUUGCUGAACUCCCUGAGACGACCGGCCUGCCUGUUGAUGACUGGCGGCUCAUCAGCUGAUCUGCGUUUAUCUUGAGCAGCAUGGACUCUGAGGCCACGCCCACAGACUGCAGGACUCGUCCUCAUUGGCCAUGGUAGCAGAGGGGCCGGCAUUGCGUCACAUCCUGAGAUGGAACGAUUGGACGAGCUGAGUUUAGGGGCGGGGCUUGAAGUAGAAGGGGAACCAGGAUGUUGUGAGGAGAAGGAGCUUUGUCUUAUCCCUGAACCCACCAGGGAGGAUGUUGUGUUCACCAUGGAGACUAGGAGGGUGGAGGAGGUGGAGGAGGAGGAGGAGCGAUGGAGGCGGCUGUUCCCUGACAUCAGGAAGUGCUCCAUCGUCCUCGUCCGACCUCGUGCCGACCCGCUGAAGGUGUGGAACCUGAGAGGGACGGAGAGAAGGAGAAGCAAGCGGGUGAGGACCCGGGACGUGACUUCAGACUGGGACUGGAUGGAGCCGCUGGACCCUGAGAACGGAGACAGCAGAACAAAGAGGUUCGUUAAGAAGGUGGAGGUCCAAGAGCCCGGCCCUGAAGACGGGCCGGAGAAACCCCAGAGGAGACUGAGGCUGACGCACUGCUCAGAAGCUGCCUCUACCAAGGAGCUGCAACAGGGGGACCACAACUACUGCCUGGAUCUGGACAACCAAUCAGAAGAGGCCAGGCUGCCGUCCAGCGGUGGACACACGGAGGAGGACGGCUGCGUGUCUGCAGAGAGGAAGAACGUGCCCAGCAUGGUGCUGAGGAAGGUCACAGCGGACCAGUGGGUUCUGGGCAGAGCAGCCGUUAAGGAGGAAGAGGAGGAGGAGAAGGAGGAGGAAGAGGAGAAGGAGGAGGAGGAGAAGGAGGAGAAGGAGGUCCAGACGGCGACGGAGAAGCAGGGAGAAGAUCUCUCGGCAUCGGGACGGAAGAGACGCCGGCAGGCCUGCGGGAGCUGCGACGCCUGCCUCCGCAAGAACUGCGGCCGCUGCGCCUUCUGCCUGGACAUGAGGAAGUUCGGCGGGCCGUGCCGCCUGAAGCAGAAGUGUGUGAUGAGGCGCUGCUUGGUGGUGAACGCCAUGAAGAAGUGGACCAGAGAGCAGAACCGCUUCCAGGCUGGAGAGGAGAGGGGAUCCACGGACGCUCAGCCAGAAGCCAAUCACUGGAGAGGAUGGAGGAGGUGGAGACAUGAGAGGGAUCCAGCAGGAGGCCAGGAGGUGAAGCCCACCUGUCUGAGCGGCAGGUGGACGCCGCUGUGGGGAGAGAAGCGCCUGAAGCUGAUGAGCGACCGCGGCCUCCUGCUGAACCAGGAGGAGCAGAAGAAGCCGGGGUCAGGAGACCCAGAGCAGGCGAGGAAGAGGAGUUGGAUGAAGAGGAGGAGGAGGAGGUGGGGACAAACGAGAGCAGCCACGGACUCAAAGAUCAGGAAGGAGUGGGACAGCCUGCUGAUGAAGGAGGAGGAGGAGGAGGAGAAGCCCUCUCAGCUUCCAGUUAGCACUGGACCAUCAGGACCUCCAGGACCUCCAGGACCUUCAGGACCUCCAGGACCUUCAGGACCUCCAGGUCCAUCAGGACCAUCAGGACCUCUGACUGGGACACACGUGCAGCUGAACCUGACUCUGGACAGUGGCCACCUGCCCUCCAGCAUCCUCUCUGACUCCGCCCUCACCUGUCUGUCAGGACUGCUGCCUCAGGAGGGAUCGGUCCUCCAUGUUUCCACAGGCCUCACCUUUAUCCCGCCUCCUGCCGCUGCCGUCCAAUCACUGCAGCUGAAGGAGGAGGAGGAGCCUGUGGGGAUUGAGCAGUAUGGGAGGGGCGGAGCUUAUGAGGAGCAGGAGGAGCCGGAGCAGGAGGUGUGGACCGGCAUAUCAGAGAUGGGAAAAUACUACGAGGUGGAGGUGGAGCUGGUGGGCCCCGACUACAAUCAGAGGACUGUGAGGGCAGCGUCUCCAGAGCCGUCUGACAUCACUGAGGUUCCCAGCACAUGUGACCUCACCUGUGAACGGCCAGAGUUCCUCCCAUUGAACCCGGAGGGCUUCAGCCUCCUCAGGAGCGGCGUCAGGAACGCCGUAGUGGGGGGGCGGAGCUUGCUUCGUCUGCUGAAGAUGCUGAGGAGGACGGUGCUGCCGGCUCAUUGGGUGGCUGUUCUGGCUGCCGGGCCGGAGCUGCAGCUGCUGCAGUGCUCCAGGCUGUCCUCCAUGACAGACACCAUCGUCCACGUCCAGUCAGACCGCAGCUUCUACAUCAGCGUCCAGACCCGUCCGCUGCCGGACUCUCACCGAGUCUACAAGGAGCACGCUCACAGAGUUGCUCACCUGAGCCAGCUGGUCACUCUGCUGCUGGAUUUGGAGCGCCUCGCCACCUGCCGAGGGUUGAGGGUUCAAGUCCCCCCCGGUCUGCAGCAGGUGCGAUCAGCAGGCUGCCACCUGCUGGUGGCUCGGCCCUUCCACACCUGCUUGCCCUGCCUGCUGGAAGAGGAGUCAGAGGAGGACGGGGAGUCAGAGGACGAAGAUGGGACCAUGUCGUUAGACUGCUGAUCUGGACAGUUUGCAAAGAUUUAAAUAAAUGCAGCGUUAUGAAAGUACCAUCAGGUUAAGCUAGGACUUGUGGGUAAUGGAGUCCCCAGCUCUGAGUGGAGUCUCCAGCAGCUGUCGUCCAAACGUUUCUACCUCAGUGUGUUUUUACUACUGACCUGAGCUCCUGUUCGGGGUUGAAGCAGGAAGGACAGGUGGUGAAGUGACAGCCCGGAAGGACUGAUGUUGUCCUCUCAAUGUUUGUUUUAUCAGAAAGAGAGUUUUGUACUUUUGAUACGUUUAUAAAGUGUUUUUUCCAGAA